AUGGCUUUCAUUGGCGGCGACGCGAUACACUUUCUGCAAUAUGGAGCCGGUGCGUUCGCUGCAUAUUACAUUUUCUCUUCGUUUGUGAGCUGGUUCCGUUUGCGUCACAUCCCAGGCCCAAUCCUUGCGUCUUUGUCCCAUGCGUGGCUGAUAAAGAACACCUUCUUGGGCAAUUCCCAUGCUCAGUUACUGGCCCUAAAACGAUACGGAUCUCUUGUGCGCGUCGCUCCCAAUUACAUCCUCACCGAUGACCCGGCCAUUCUGCGCCAUAUCUACGGCAUCAAGAGCACAUACGGUAGAGAUGAUUGGUUCACAGGAGUGCGGCUCGACCCGCGUGACAAUUUGCUCACCACUCUGGAUACAGCCGCGCAUGAUCGGCUCAAAGCAAAAUUGACAAACGGGUACAAUGGUCGCGACAAUGUCGAUAUAGAAGGUGUUCUGGAUGACCAGAUUGCGAAUCUCAAGGGACUGGUCCGUCGCCACUAUCUUUCGACAUCAGCAGAGAUACGCAAGGCUGAUCUCGUCUGGAUCAUCCGCUUCUUUACUAUGGACGCCAUAACCGCUCUUGCCUACGGCGAACCAUUUGGCUACAUGGAAACUAACGAGGACCUUUUCGGUUUUAAUAAACAAGUCCAAGAUGCUGGUAAAAUAAUGAGUGUCGUAGUAGACACGCCAUUGCUCCCUACUUUUUCAAGUCUUCCUUGCUAUCUCCUUUUACUAUGCCAAAGACUUCCGAUAAAAAAGGAUUUGGUAGGCUUAUCGGGCAAAUUAGGCCAAGAGUUAGUCGCAAAACAUUUUGGACCAAGAUCUGACAAAGGCAAAGACAUGGUAUCCUCAUUCAUGCGCCACGGGCUUUCACGCGAUCAAUGUGAAACCGAGAGCGUUGUGCAAGUCAUUGCAGGCUCUGAUACGACAGGAACUACGAUAUGGAGUGCACUUUUGUUCAUAGUGAGAACUCCCCGAGUCUAUAGUCAUUUGAUGAAGGAGGCUAGAGAGGUUAUAAACAGCGGCAAAGUGUCCUCUAAGCCCAUUACCUACAAGCAGGGCAAGCAAUUGUCAUGCCUACAGGCUGUGAUUUAUGAAGCUAUUCGGGUCCGCCCCCCUGCCUUGUACGGACAUUUUAAAAGUGUACCAGCUGGAGGCGAGAUGCUUAAUGGCGUAUUCCUCCCGGGUGGAACCGCAAUAAGCCGUAAUAUAUAUGGUUUAAUGAUGUCGAGGAACAUAUUCGGGCAGGAUGUGGAAACAUACCGCCCGGAGAGGUUUCUCGAUUGCGAUGUCACUACCAGAGCUGAGAUAGAAAGGAUAGUAGAGUUUGCAUUUGGUUAUGGGAGGUGGGUAUGCGCAGGCAAGCAUGUGGCUUUCACCCAGCUUUACAAGGUUAUAUUUGAGCUGUUGAGAACCUUUGACUUUCAACCAAUUGACCCUAUGAGGCCUAUGCAGGAGUCAUCCGGGCUUUUUUGGUACCAAACGAACAUGUGGGUAAGGAUCAAAGAACUCAUAAACGAUACACAACCGACUCUAUCGUAG